GCUGAGUUUGCGGCUCCGUGGUAGCCAAUUAAUCGUGUUGCACAAUCAUUACGACGAUAAAAGGGCUUACCGGAACUCGUUCUUGCACGGCACGAAGAGCUACGGAUCAUCCGGCGCCAUACAGUGCAGCUCUCAGCAGCCACUCAGUGCCACCACUCAGCCUGCAACAACCAUGCGUGCCGCAUUGCUGGUAGCGAUUGGCACUACGCAUGCCGUAGUGAUGACGACGCGCCGCCGCAUCGGCGCCAGCGCGGCGGCGGGCAUCGCAGGGCUAGCGCCGCCCGCCCACGCCGCCGACGCCGACCUCCCCACCCUCCGACGCGGCCUCCUCGACCUGGAGGAUCUAGUGCAGAACUGGAAGGAGCGCACGACGAACUGCAAUUACGCGGAAGUGAACCGAGACCUCCUGGGCUCGCAGAACAAGGCGGCCCUUCUGAAGCAGGCCAGCGAGAACGCGGCGGUCGCCAAGGGCUCCGCCGUGAAGACGCUCUGCAAGCGCGAUCCGGAAGCCGUGCGGCGCAUCCUGGGCCUCGACGGCAAGCUCAACGCCAAGUCGGCGCCGCUCCUCGCCCCGGGCGCCGCGCGGCAGGAGCGCCUCAACGCCGAGGACCAGAACGCGGCCCUCGCGGAUGCAGAUCGGAUGAUCCGCAAGGGCCUCGAGUUCACGAGCGACCUCGACGGCUACGUCGAGGCGAACGAGAAGUGGCUGCGCGCGGUGUCGGCGAUCGACUCGGCGACGUACUCGAGCCGGAGCCAGGACCUCGGCGCGGUCAUCUCGACGACUGCGGGUGGUGCGGAGGUCCUCGACUCGGCCCUGUCAAGUGUCGUCGAGGCGAGGGACGCGCUGCGCGUCGUCGUGAAGCUACGUAGCAUGUAGGUUGUUAAUUGUUAGCAC